GGGACUGAUCCAUCGAUUCUGGAAGUUCCUGCGAACCUCGCCAAGAGCGCUUAUGAAAUAGAGAGGACGAGUCUUAUUCCUACGCUCGAUUGAUCAUCCACCUAUCAGAGGCGAAGAGAAGGCUUCUCAUAUAUCAGAGCGCUUGACUUUAGAGCUCAAAACAUUUCACUUCUUACGGUCAUUUCUUCAGAUAUCCAAGAAGGAAUCGAAGGAGAAGAACCUGUGGACAGGGAAUGGCUUGGGCCUUUUUUUAGAUAGAUCAUGAGGGGUGGACGUCGAGUAAAACAAUACAUAGUGGAUCUUUGUCCUGUAUGUCUAGAUCUAGUGCUAAGCUAAGGGUCAGAAAAAGGCAGAGCUGACCAAGGGGGGCUGAAGAUCUAGUAUCUUUCCCCGAAUCAAUGAGAAAAAUAGUUUAACUUAGACUAAGUAACAAACGCCGUCGGUCAAAAGUGUCUAACUAACCCCUUCGGUCAAUGAAUGCGGGUUCCAAUGGAGUUGGAAGUCCCGGUGCUUCGCCUCCGUAUGACGUGAGGAAUACCCGGCUUUGCGUCGUCAUGCCCAACAUUCCGUCCCCACCGGCGUCAGGACAUAGGGACUACUAUCUUUACGAGGACAGCGAUAUAUUAUAGUUAGAUAGCGUCACGACAUAGGGACUACUAUCUUUACGACAGCGAGGUAAUAUAAUAGAAGCAAAGUAAAGAAAAGUAGCCGGUUAGUUUUCCCUCAUUUUCAUCCUAGGUUAGUCCCUCCAAUCAAUAAGAUUUAGAAGCAAAGUAUUUGAACACUCACAGAACAGGGUUAGUACAGAAGUUGCACCCAGAUUUAUGGGAGCACUCACUCUCACUUCAUGCUUUGACUUUUGUUUUUGUUUACUUUGGCUUUGAGGAGUUUGAAUUUGAAGCGACAUAUUAUACAUAGUACAACAGAAGUCUCUGUUUUUGACUUGUACUUUAAAUCUUAUGUCGUACUGGACAUAAGGAGCACUGGACUUAUCUCAAGUAGGAACUGGGCAUGAGGACUAGUGCUUUAUUUGUUAGGAAGGACAUAAGGACCACCGGGACGUGCUGGGACUGUGACACCGAAACCGAAUCGCAGGAACUACAUGACCUUCUCGUGCGAUAUUGAUCCUCCAUACUCCCUUGCUCUUGCUCUUUAGCAUAUGUCGUUAGUAAAAUGCCUCUUUAGUAAAAGUCUUUAGUAAAGGUUAGUCAAAAGGUCUUUAGUAAAGGUUAGUAAAGGUCUUUAGUAUAAAGGAUACAUAGUAAUAAAGGUCUUCAACAAAGGUGAGGAACUGAAUAGCCAGGACGACCUGACUAGUCAACUCAAAACCAGCCACAACGUCCAGACUCAACACAGCAACGCCGAUCGUCAUAGAGCUUAAACCCGUAACCAAUUACGUUCCCUCAACUACGUGUACGCUCAGCUCCUUGGUGCGAACCAGGGUUCUUCCUUACACUCACUGGAAGCACAGUGUAAGUACAGUUGUGAAUCAUUCCACUCUAUCAAGAUCAACUGCAUCUAACUUUUUGUCGAGGUGGGCGCUACUGGUCAUGGUACACAGAU